CGGUGUUCAGACGUGUUCAUCUGUCGGUGAUUCUGCGCGUGAUUUCCGCCGUUUCUGCUCUCCGGUUAAGAUGAAACUGCUGCAGAAACUGCUGCUGCUGCUCCUGCUGGCGUUUCCCGCCACGCUGAUGCUGAAGGGUCCUGUAGUGUCUGCUCAGGACGCCACUGAGGAAGAGGAGGCUGUGGAUGAAGAUGCUGGUGAUGAUGUGCUGGCGGAGGAUGAGGAUGAUGAAGCCGAGGUGGAGGACGAUGAGAACACUGAGCUGACGGAAGAGAAAGAGGAAGAGGAAGAAGAAGCUCUAGUGGGAGAGGUGAAGGCUUCACCCAACGCAGACACAACCAUCCUGUUCGUCAAAGGAGAAGAUUUUCCAGCUAACAACAUCGUGAAGUUCCUGCUGGGCUUCAGCAAUAAGGGCUCGGAGAACUUCGUGGUGGAGUCUCUGGACGCCUCGUUCCGUUACCCGCAGGACUUCCAGUUCUACAUCCAGAACUUCACGGCGCUGCAGCUGGGCACACUGGUCCCUCCACAGCGCCAGGCCACCUUCGAGUACUCCUUCAUCCCCGCUGAGCCCAUGGGCGGACGACCCUUCGGCCUCGUCAUCAACCUCAACUACAGGGACGACAGUGGAAACGUUUUCCAGGACGCCGUCUUCAACCAGACUGUCACCAUCACAGAGAGAGAGGACGGCCUGGACGGAGAAACGAUCUUCAUGUACGUGUUCCUCUCGGGUCUCGGCCUGCUAUUGGUCAUCGGUCUUCAUCAGCUGCUUGAAUCACGCAAGAUGAGACGGCCUGCAGCUAAAGUGGAGAUGGACACAUCCAACCACAAUGAUGUGGACAUGAGCUGGAUCCCACAAGAAACACUCAACCAGAUCAGUGAGUCUCCCACACACACACACACACACACACACACACACACACACACACACUGAUGUUGGUAGUCAUGUACAAUGCCUGAUACACACACACACACACACACACACACACACACUCACACACACUCUCCUGCGUACACUUUUACACUCACAUACUCAGACUCUCAGAUCCACUCAAACACACACAUUUACACACUUUUAUACAUAAAUGCGUGCACACACACUCUCUCUCAUCUACAGUCUUCUACACACACACACACACACACACACACACACACACUCAGUCUCUGCUGUGUGUGUGUGUGUGUGUGUAUGGUGCGGUGCGCUCGGGCUUCAGUAGUUCUGCUUGUCUGUGUAAGGCUGCCGCCGCUGCUGCUGCCGCUGGAGUGUGUUCUGGAUCAUCAUCAGUGUGUGUGUUUCCUCAUGAUGAUGGACUGAUCUCAGACGUGCCUGAUCCUGCUCUUCAUCACAUGACCGAGCUCCUCCUCUUCCUCGUCACUCUUCAGGAAGAGGAAACUCUGUCUGUUUCUCUGUUGUGAUUGGUCUGGCAGAGCUGCGGCUGGGCGAGGGCUGGUGAUGUGCAGCUCGGUGUAUUUGGGGGGAAUGAAAUGAUGAAAUAAAAUGAACAAAAUGGGUUUCUACA